UCCACAAGAUUGAUAAAUGAUAUAAUUUGUUUCCUUUCUGUGUACAAGCAAUUUGUUUUUUUUUAACUUGAUGAAAUUCAGAAUUUAGAAGCCUUGGCGAUGAGAAGUUGAGGUAAUAAUGGAUGAGGAGACGCGCAAACGGGGCGCUAUAGAGGCUGGUAGGGAGAUGCUUCUUGCCUACCAAUCUAAGCGUGCAAACAAAAAGUUGAGCAACAGCAGUGUGGAGCCAGCAUCAGAUGAAGAAUCUCUCUUCAACGAAACUGUCAAUCAAUCUAUAGAUCUAAGAAGCAUUAGCAACAAUGAGAGUGCUUUCUCAAGAGAUGUCACAGUCAGCAGUGUCAGCAUGAGUGAAGGAGAAGGUGAUUAUGAUUUAGAAGGCUUGGCUGGAAGAGUUACCGUAUUGAAAGAACAGCUUCAAGGCAAGGAAGCUGUUGUCCAAGCUUUAUCUGCUGAGAUUGAUCAUCUCAGAACUGAUGUCUCUUCUCCAACAUCUUCUCACAGCCAGAGCAGCAAUAUUCCACUAUGCACAGAUCUUCUUGGCACUUACCAUACAAAGCUACAAGAAUUUGAACGUGCUCUACAACAUAGAGAUGAUUUAAUUGAAGAUUUGACCACAUCAUUACAACAAGCUCUAGCCUCUAGAGAUGCCUUACUUGCUCAAAUUACUAUUUUAAAUACAUCUGAAUUAGAAAAUACCAAUGAUAAUGAUGACCACGAUGGAAAGAUUGUUGCUCUAGAGGGUGUAUUAGAUACUCAAAAGGAAUUGAUUACGAGUUUAAGAUCCAAACUGGAACAAGCACAAGAAAAAAUUGAGAAACUAGAAACUGAAAACAGCACAAAGAAUAAUGAGUUGGUUAGCUACAAGGAUGAAGUUGAAAAUCUAAAUAAAAGAAUAAAAGAAAGUACUAGUAACCCGGAAGAACAUCUUUUACAGAAAUCAUAUGACCAAGUGAAGAAAAUUGAAAAGGACAUGAAAAUUAUUAUUGACAAAUUUGCUGCUGAGACCAUUGCAAAUAAAACUGAACAUGAUAGCCAGAUAAAAGAGUUGAAAACUAAACAUGAAGAAGAACUUAAAAAGUUGACAGAUGAAAAUAAAAAUUUAGAAGCUCGUCACGCUGAAGAAAUGUCUGCUCUCCAGAGUCAAUUGUCUAAAUAUAAACAAACGCUUGAGCCGCUCAAAUUGGAACUUCUCACUAGUAAACAGUCAUAUAUAAAAGAGAAGGAACUCCUCACUGAACAGAUCAAACUGCAUAAAUUGCAACUUGAGGAGAUGACUACAAAGUAUGUGGCGACUGCUAGUGUUUGGGAUUCCAAAGAAAGCAUCGAAAGAUCUUUGGAACAAGCUUUAAGCGAGGCUGCUAAUCUUAGAUCGGAAAAUGAAUCUCUUAAGUUUAAGUUAGAUGAUCUCUCAUCGAGAUAUUCAGCUGCACAAGGUUUAAUUGAAAAUGGACAGCAAUAUGAACGACAACUGAGCAAUAAGAUUUUCACUCUGGAAAAGUCUUUGUCAAGGCUUAGUGGUAUUAGUUUUAAAGAUCUGGAUGAGACUACUUACCAAACUUUUGACGAUGUUGCUGUUCAAUUCCAAAUCACUCAACAACGAUUAGAGGAAAAAGCAGCUCUAGAAAAAGAUCUUCUAGAAAAGAUUAGAAAUUUCGAAGAUUUAGUUUCCAAGAACAAAAUUGAACUUGAAAUUGCCAAUCAAGAAAAAGAAAACUAUGAGAAACAGAUUAAGGACAUGAAAAAUACAAUUGAUCAACUGAAAGCUGAAAUGAAAGAUCAGCCAACUCGUAUGUCGACCGAUUCUUUAGAAAUGAUGAUGUCUAGAGAGCCAUCUUUCGAACAGAAAAUCCUGGAGUUGAAAAAUACUAUUCAAAAACGUGACGAAGAAACUGCUGAAUACAUGAAGAAACUCGAAGAAUUAACGAAAGCUAAUAGCAGAUUACUAGAGGAAAGCGAAAAAUUGAGAAGUGGUCUACAAACUGCUUACGCUCAAUGUGCAAUUUUUGAGGAGAAACUUGAUCAAACUUUGGCGCUUGGUGAUUCCACGGUGAUGUUGGACCAGACUGAAAUACAGAACUCAACAUUUAAUCUUGAGGAACUUCUUCUCAAACAGACAAAUUACAACAAUGUACUGAUUAAGCUAGACUCAUGUAGAAAGCAGCUUCAAGAUUAUGAGGACGAAAGAGCUAGAUUGUUGAAAGAAAUUGAGGAGAAAUCCAAAGAGAAGGAGGUUAUUCUUGCAUCCGUGCAGCAAAAGGAAGAGCAGCACCGAGAGGAAUUAAAUGUUAUGAAAAUGGAAUCGGAAGCUGAGUCGCAAAAAUUUGAAAAGUUGUUGCGUAAUUUUGAAGAAGGUAAUGAAGGGCUGAAGCAGUUGAGAGACGAUUUGGAAGAAAAACACGCGAAGGAGAUGGAAGAAUUGCGUACAUAUUUUGAGCAAAAAUGUUUACAUUUAGAAAAACAAUAUUCUGAAGAAGUCUUCAGUCAACAGUCAAAGAAAAUGUCAGACAAUGACAGCGAGCUUGAAGAAUUGACGGAAGAUUUGUAUGUUGGUGGACUUGGUGGAGGUGGUGAUGCAGAAGGUGCGUCCAUCGGAGAAGCAAAAUCUGAAUCUAAUCGUACUGCUUCAGCUGAUGGAAACGAAAAAAUUGCUCAGGUCAUAUCCAAGUAUGAAGAAAAGUUAGAAAUUCUUAAAAUACAACUCAACGAGGAAAGAGAAAAAUCUGGACGUACUAUGCUCCUGAAAGCUAUAAAUCAGUUUAGUCAAACGGAGCAGAACAGCAGUUGCAACAAUGACUCGUCUAUGCAGGAGAGUUGCGAGUUGAACGAGUUACGUGCGGAUUACAAUCGGCAACUCGAGGAACAAGUUGGUCUCGCUCGUGUCGACAUUAUCAAUGCCCUACGAGAGCAGAUUGAGGCAUUAAUUACUAUGGAAUCGGAAUCCGACGAAAACUGGCCAACAGAGUUGCUUGAAUUGCGUAAUAAAUUCACAAGUAACACAAAACGAGAGAUUCAGACUCUCAAGGAGAAGCACCUUCAUGAGAUCAGAUGUUUGAAAGAAGAAAGCAAUCAAGUUAUUAACGAGUUGCAAGAGGAGAUCAGAAGAAUUCGUACUGAGACUCACGAAUCUUUGCAGAGUAACCUGAUGAAAGAAAGAGACACUCUUCAUAAGACUUGCGAAACACUUAAAGGUUUAGUAGGCCAGCUGAUUGACUACUUCGUAGAUUGUGAGGAGGAGCUGAACAAUACUUUGAUUAAUGAAAUUCUCAAGAAGCAAAGUCUCACUCGUGCGGAUUCUAGUUUCGAGAAUGAUAAGGUCAAAAGAGUUCAUUUUGCUCCGCAAUCCGGUGAGAUUGCAUCUAUAAUCAGUAGCGAUAGUGAUUUGCAACAGUUGAUUAAUAGCGAGAAAGAUAUUAUGAAAAUUAUGAAGAAAGAUUUGGACGCUUGUCUACAGAGAUUGAGAGUUGAUAGUGCGAGGAUUAUGAAUAUUUCUAGUUCAGAUUCCGAAUCAUGGUCUAUCGGCAUUGGCGAUAAUCAAAGUGAGAGACUAACCGAAACGGAAAAGCUUCUCGCCUGCUUCCAGGAAGAGAACGAGCACUUAAAAGUCAAGAUAAUUGACCUGCAACAGCGUCUCAUCAAUGCGGAGUCCAAAAAGGAAGUCAUCUCCGAGGGUUACGGUGAACAGGAUACUACUGGAUGCGACGUCAACGAAGAUUUUAUGCAAUUGCAAGAUCGUGCGAGGAACGUUGUGAUGCACGGCAGUAAUGAUACAACAUAUCUUAUUCAAAUAAUCGACGAUCUUUGCAAACAAGGGGACAAGAAAGAAGAAGAUCUAAAGAAGGAGAGAGAAGAUCUACAACAUCAAGUCUCGUUAGUUCUCCCCACUCCUACCCCAAACAUGAGCGAGCUCCGCUGCUCAAAGAUUGAAGCUGCCGAUAAACAACUGCGGUCAACUCGCAAAUUCCAAGAGGAGCAAGCAAUCGAACGUGAAAAUGAACGUGACGAAGCUGCCAAGACCAUCAAAUUUCUUGAAGAUCAAUUAAAAGAGCAGAAAGAAAGAUCUUUACGUCUUGGCAAUGAGCAGUGUGCGCUAUCACCUGCCUCGUCAACCGCGAGCAGCUCUACGCUUCGACCGAGUGACGAAUCCGAGGUCGAACUCUCAUCAAUGGAAUCCGUUACCGGACAGUUAACCAAAUUGGAGCGUCAAAAUAAAGAACUCGAUUGCGAGCUGAAGGAAGCCGUUGCUAAGAUUUGGGAGCUCAAGGACAUCAUUCGCGAUCUCGAGCAACAGAUGCUCGCAAAAACUGAUAGAGAGGAUAUUUUGAAUAAUCAAAUUCAACAGUUGGAAGAAGUGAUUAUGGCACAGACUAAAAAUCAACAAGAUCUCGUGCAAGAACUCGAAAUUGUGAAAUCUGGAAAUGAAAAUGCACAGUUGAGUGAUCACAUUGGACAUCUACAGGAGGAACUACGCAAACAUCAACUGAGUUCCGAACAAUUAACCGCCAAUUCAUCCGCUCUACGUCAACUUCGUAUGGAGAUUCGCGAAUUACAAACAGCGAUGGAUCGCAAAACUCGUGAACUUGAAUCAUUGCACGUAUGCGGCUCCAGUUUGAGUAUUAGUCAGCCAAGCGAGGAUGUAUCGAUUCGCGAUCAAAUUGAUGCAGCGAGAUGUCCAACACCCGACGAUCCAACAUCUCCUCCAAUUUUGCCAUUGGAUCAUGUCUUAAAGUUGAAGGAUACUCUUGUGAAGCAUUUUAGGGCUGAAGAUGUAGCGUUGAAAAGGCUUAAAGAUUUAGAGAUUCAGUUAGGUAGCCUGCAGCGACAAAACGAAGAGCUGCUUGCUGAGCAAGAACUUAUGCAACAGACGACAUCUGAGCAGCUUUUCCAGAUAGAAACUCUUCGUGCUAGGCUCGAGCAGCAGAAGCAAAAUGCGCCAUUUGCUCAGCGACAAGUCACCUCGCGACUCGAAACUCAGCUGUAUGAAAUCAAUGACAGGUUGGAAGUUGCCGAUCGCGCUCUCGCCGAUAAAAACAUGGAGUUGAAUGAAGUGAAAGACCAGCUAGAACGCGUGACUCGUCUAUUAGCCGACAAAGAAAUGGAAAUAGCAAAUGUCGUUCAUUCAGAAAGUGACGUUAUGAAAAAGCUAAAGGAUAGAUUAGAAAUAGUCGAGGAAGAGAAUCGAUUGAUGCAGACAAAGAUCCAUGCACAAGAUAAAGGCCAAAAUCUUCCUCAAAUAAUCGACUCAAUGCUAGCUGAGAAAAACGCCGAAAUUGAUCAUCUAAAGGAACAAUUAGUUCACCGUGAGAAACAGUUAGAAGUCUAUUUGUCUAUUGACGAAGCUCAACUUCGCGAAUUACUUCGUCAGAACGAGACUCAACAAAAGCACAGCGCCAGAACGCUCAGUGACAUUCUAUCUAUUAAUUCUGAAUGCGAGGAUGCUUGCGAAGCAAUACGCGAGGCACCAAACUUCACGCGUUCGCAGAAUAUUUCACUUUUCAAACUGCCAAACUCUGAUACACUUCCUGGUAAGCAGGAUAUCGUAGAUUUCUCACAUCCGAUCACAGAAACACCAAGAGUGCCGAGGCUUGAGCUUGGCUCAGCAGAACAUAGCGAUGCGGAGCAUAUCGAGUCUAAUGUCGAAACUUCUAAAGAGCAGUUCUUCCACAUGGAAGUACAACCACACAGUGAAGUUCCUUUGGUUAACAUUACAACCAUUCACGAGUUGUCUAGUGGAACUCACGAAGACUCGACAAAUUCAGAAGAUUCAGAUGAUGUGUGUCCUCGCCACGGCAAAGUGAGUAACGCAAAUAACUCCCUACCACACAACAACGAGACUCUUAUGUACAAUGCCCAAGCCAUCCAGAGAAUUAAUGGGCUUGAGUGCCAUAUAAAAGUUCUUAAACAAAACUUGCAAGUAAAAACUGAAGCUCUUGAGCAACGCGAGGCUGAACUCACAGAGAUUCAGAAUAGUCUUGAGCAAUUGCAAGAAAACAUCGAGUCGUUGAAUGAAGAUCGCUUAUUCUAUAAAGCAGAAUACGAAAAAUCCAAGGAUAAUGAAAGUAAGAUUCAGCGCGAUCUCGUGGAAGUGGAGAAUACCUUAAAAGAUAAAAUUGAAGAGUUUGAAGAGUACAAGAAACGUUAUCAAAUCGACGAAAAGAUUCUUGCUGAUGAGUCGAGGCGUCUUAAGCGUAGCGAAGCAGCUUUGCAAGAGAAACUCAUGGAGGUGACUAAUCUUAAGGAGAUUAUUUCGGAAAAGGAACUUGCCAUUGCCACACUGCAAACCCGAAAUACGGAACUUGAGGACGAAUUAAAAGAGCUACAAGAUUUCAGGCGAAAGCUCGAUACAUAUAAGCAGGAAAUCGCCGAGUAUCAUAGUGAGAUUCGAAGAUUGAGCGAAGGAUUAAAUAGUAGAGAUCAGAUGAUUAGGAGGCUUGAAGAAAUGGCGAGAAGAAGUAGUUUGUCAGGUGACUCUUCACCUAGUGAGAAAGAUCAGGAAAUUUAUCAUCUUCAGGAGUACUUGAAGGAAAAGGACAAAGUGAUUCGUCAGAUAAACGAUGAUAGCAAGAGCCUUCACCGUGCUCUCGAAACCAUUCAAAAUAAAAUGAAGGAAUCGGGUAACGUCGUGGAAUUACGACGAAAAAUCAAAGACGAGCGUAAACGUAACGUUGAAUUAGCCGAGGAGAAUGCUAAACUUCGUACCGAAGUUGAAAUGCUUGGACACGCUCGGCGACCAGACGAGGAUCAUGAUAUUACGGAAAUGGUACAGAGGGAGCUGAAUCUCUCGGCUAGAUUGGACCAACAACUAAUGAAUGUGAUUGAUAGCGAACCUGAUGGAGUAUUGAAGAAGUGUGGAGAUCUUAAACAAGCGAACAAAGAGAUCGAGGAACUGACGAGAUUGAAGAAUGAUUUGGAUAUCGAAAAAGAAAUGUUGAAGUCUCAGAUCAGCGAAUAUGAGCGGCGAAUCCAAGAACUUAAAUCUGACGUGGAAGAAGAGUCUCUAAAAGUCUUGAAAUUGGAAGAAUUUUUAUCGAAAGAAAGACAUUUGGUAAGACAAUUGCAGAUACGAAUGCAGAGAGAAAAACGGGAAGCUGAAGAGAACAAAGAUAAAGACACAGAAUUGAUUACAAUGCUUAGAAUAAAAUUAAAUGAAGCGUUGGAGGCUAGAAACCGACUUAUCGAUGAAUACAAACAUCUUGAGAUGAUGAACGCUGCGAGAAAAGGCUUACCAGCAGUUAACGUUCAAGAAGACUUCAAGAAGUUGCAAACUGAACUAACGGAAAAACUUGAAGCAGAAAAGCGAAAAACCGAAGAAGUUCAAGAUGCCCUUAGCAAGAUUUCAUCUGAAAAAGACCGCUUGCAAAGUCAAUUCGAAGCUGCAAAAGCUGAAAUUGAAAAGCUUACAAAUAAUUUCGAAAUAGCUGAUUCCACAAAGGAUCAACUCAAAGCAGAUCUACGAAAAGCUAAAGAGGAGUUGAAAGCUCGGACAAAAGAGUGCGAAUGGCAGAAAUCUCUUCUCAAAACCGUCAGUGAUGCUGAGACGAAGAGAACCCAGCAUCGCACUAAUGCUGAUGCUGAAUUGAAAAAUACGAGAAGAGAACUUAAAAAUGCGCAAGAAGUUAUGCUUGUUUAUUUACAGAACGACUUCGAAGCUGACAUGAAAACUCUUAAGCUUCAACUAAACGAAGCGGCAGAGCGUGAAAACCAGCUUAGUCUUGCAGUGGCUUCUCUCACAGAUAAGGAAACAGAACUAACUGAGAAACUUAUUGCUGCUAAAGCUGAAGAUAAGAAACUACGAGAACUUAUUGCUGAACAGCAGGCUGAAUUGAAACGCUAUCUUAGUCGAGAGUUGGAUUAUGCUGAUGAUUUGAGGAAGGUGAGAAUGUUAUAUGAAAAUGGAAGUUCACCGAGUAAAGUUUGGAAUAGAGUUAAGGAAUUGAAUGCUACAAUUGAAAACCUGUCAAAAGAUAAAAUGAAUUUAUACGAAAAAGUUGAGCGCAUACGGGAAGAAAAUAACAGGUACCUUGAACAGAUUCGAUUCUUAGAAAGUCAACUCGCGCAAAAGAUGUCUAAACCGUCCAAUAUCAAUCGACAAGACUACGAAGAAAGAUUGCAACACUUUUACGGAAAGUAUCUUCGCUCCGAGAGUCGACGCAAGGCGCUCAUCUACCAGAAGCAUUACCUCUACUGCAUCGUAUCGAGCUAUCAAAUAGUUCAAGAAAAUACUGUUUCCUUCCUGGCAGCACUCACUCAGGCGCAACGUGUUUAUGUACGUCCUGGUCCCCAUCGAAAAAAUGCCAAAGUCAGGUUCCGUGCCGCUAUUCUUGUUGUCAUUGGACUGCAGAGGAUGAAAUGGUUGAUUCUGAGGUGGCGAACGGGAAGAAGAGUUGGUGCUAAUGUUGUCUUGGGAAGUAUGGACCGACCGGUCAUCUACCAACCACCCACGCAAAGGGCUCCUCUUAUCGGAUCAGGACAUUCACCGCCAGUCAAGGAAAGAACAAUUAAUAGGACUAGCUAUUUCUCUCAAGAUCCAUAUUUUCGGCGUUUCACAGACAUUCAACAAAACCUGCACCUGCAAGUACCUGAAUCCAACGCCAAUACAUUCAAAAAAAUUUACGUGCUGCGGCGGCGCGUCGCCGCCAUUGUGAACGCGCCAUCAGUUUCCCGCGCGCGCAAGAGGAGAGCGACUCAGCGAUCGUGCACGCACGACCAGCGGGGCACAGUCGAGUCGGAAGCAGAAUUUUUAAUACAUAACGCAAUACGCAUACCGCAAUCAGAAGUCAGAGACAGAAAGAGCGGCAAAGAUUUAUUAUACACUAUGGCGAGUAGUAGCAUCGUCGAGACGAUGCGUACCCUCAAAGAAGUCAGCUCACCUCAAGAGUCGCGUAUAUUAGCCCUCACCUCACUGAGGAGGUCUCAGCUGCAAGACGACAAGAAGAUAAUGUCGUUGAAAGAUGGUGAAUUUUGCGAGCUGUGCAAUGCGGUUAUCGAAGCGAGCCUUACCGACGACGAAAAACUCCACAUCGAGGCAUGUCGUACCCUCGACAUCGUUUUGCCUGAAACGGUCAACAAGAGUUUCGACUUUUUCAAGUCAAUUUUGCAGAUUAAUCGGAAAAAGAGGCUGAAGUUACUUGAGUCUCUGAGUAUCUUAAAGGAUGAUACAGUGUCAGUUAUUGGCAACAAACCCUCUGUCAUUGAUUUCUUUAAUAACUGUUUUGACACUGCUCAACCUAAAACUAUGGAGUGGUUGCGAGAUGAAAAUGCAGACAAUAUUGUUCUCCUUAAGAAUUUGGAGAAUCGAACACUAUCAGAAUCUGAUGAGCUUGAAGAGAAAUUUGUUGAUCAAGCGCUGAAGUUUCUUGCAAGACUAUGUGGUCUCUCAUCAUUGGGUCUCAAUGUCAGACAGUUUGACACAUUUAUAAUGGAAAAAGUGGUUCCACUAGCAUAUAUGGGUCACAGGAAACAGCGAACAGAAGCGCUUAAUGUUCUCCAGUUAGCUAUCAAGAAUGACAUUGGCCUCAGAAUCAAAUCGUUGCAUAGAGAGAUCUGGGAGAAGUACAAGAUUACUUUGCAAAACUUCUACUGCAAGAGGAUGCUGCUUUUGGUUAACUCUUCUGAGCCUGAUUGGGCUGCACUAUGGGAAAAUAGUAUCACAUUUAUUGGUACUGAUUUACAUCGAGGCUCUGGAUUAGUAAAUAGUUUGCUCAAAGUUGAGGAAAUUGCUUUCAAAUCAGCUGAUCCAAACAGAAAGCAAGCCUUUUUAUCCUGGAAAUUGUUGAUUGAUAAUUUUGCUUUGGAUCAACAUGAACUUGCAACAACGCGUCGUAUAAAGCUUCUGUGUACUCCACUGAAUGCCAAAAAUAGCAAAACAGAAGUGAUGGUACUUACAAAAUUAGAAGUCUGGUGGCAUCUUAUCUACAAGGUGUAUCCUAGCAUAUCAGAGUGUGUAGAUUCAGUGCUCAUUCCAUUUCUUAAUAUGUGCUUUGGACCAUUUGGCGAUAAACCAUUAUUUACUCAAAAAAGUGAUAGCAAUGUUUCUCUAGGCAAGAAGUUUCCUAAAACUCAGUUAUUUGCAGUCAAUGCUUUGGUACAGUUAAUUGUAGACAAAAAAAAUGAGUCAACAGCUAUGUUGUCAAUGAUACAAGAGAAACUUCCUAGUCCUGUGAAUAGUGCAGUUUUUGAGAGUAAAUACAAGAUUUUUAUACAUUGCUUUGGAGAAGUGCUUCUUAGCCUAAGUUUAUUGCCUGAUGAGGAAGUUCAAAAUAAAUCUCUAAUUCCUAAAAUCAUCUGGGAUAGCCUUAUCAAACGGAUAGGAGAGUACGAUAAAAUGAAAGUUCCAAUGUACAAAGAAAUUGGGAGUGUUAUAGUUGAGUUAAUAAAAAAUAACUUUCAUAAAAUGGCUCUCAUCAAGAAUUUCCUUUUAGAAGUCGUGCUCAAGAAUUUUAACAGUAUUUCGAAUUAUAUUCAAUUCACUGAGCAAAUCCUAGCAGAUUUAAUCAAUCUAUAUCUUCAAGUAAAUCACUUCUCUGGUUUUUCUCAUGAAAAUUUUAUUUCAAUUGAGACACUCUUAAUGCAUCUUAUCAAGCCUAAAGAUUCUAACACCUAUUAUCCAAAAACACUUGAAAUGAUGCAAAAAAUUCUUCAAAUACUAGAUGAUACCAGAAAAAAUAAGUCUCAUAUGUAUGCAACUUGUGAAGUAUGGUGUAUACUUGCAAGAAUAGCCAAGAAAUAUGUAGAGGAUGAGCAGCCAAUCAACGAGAGUAAUUUGAUUGAACACAAAUUCGAGACUAUUGAGAACAUUAUCAAGUUUCCAUUCGUCAGUCUAUAUACAGAUAAUCGACUUCAAUUAAAAUCAAUGGCAGAGGCAUGGAUGGAACUGUAUAAACAAUUUGAUUUGCAAGCAGAAUUGAUGGUGACGGUAAAGCCAAAUGAGAUUCUUAGUCGUACGUCUAACAUGAUUAUUUUGGCUUUGAAGUGGGAAAAGAAAUGUUAUGAAUUUGCUGCUGUCUGCAUUGAUGGUCUGCUUUCUGUUGUUAGCUAUAAUGAAUUACCUGGUUCCUCAGAGAUUCCACCAUUUCUCAUACUUUUGAAAAGCCUAAGUGUACAGUGUUUAUCAAAUAAAAGCUUCGCCACGGAUAAAGUAUUAAAAGCUUUUUCAUCGUUUCUGCUCGGUGUCUUUAAUUACAGUGUAGAAAAAACUGCUGUUUACCUGAAAGUAUCUGAACCAAUGGUCAAAAUAUUGCUCAAAACGCAAACAGACGAUACCAAUUUAGAAAAAGAGAUCUGCAGAACUUGGCAUACAAUUGUCAGUCUUUUUAAAAAGCUUCAAAAGCACUUCAACUAUGAAUUACUUAGCUGCUAUCGACCAACAAUUAUUAUGGCUAUGUUACACCUUAACGACGAGAUUUCAUCGGCUGCUCUGUCAAUGCUAGAUAUGAAAGAUAGCGUUGAUGACAAAAUGAGACAAGCAAUUGACGACAUCCUGAGCGAACUUGAACAAUCAUCUGUAAAAAGCAACCAACUAGUUGAUGAAAAGAAAGCCAAAAAACCCAAGCUCCCGUCGAUAAAGUCUGUUGGUAGUUUUCUUAAUCGUAGAACUACCAGCCCUUCUGGUUUUAAAAGAGAUAUUAAUGGUAAAGAGAUCACAGCGAAGAGUAAGGUCGUUAACAUCGAGCCUGAUUCACAAGAUUUCGUUGUGAUAAACACCGACGUCAAGCUCGAUGUGAAUCGACUAACGGAUCACCAAAAGGAUAUGCUGAAAAAACGUCGCGAAGAUAUACCAGCGAUGUACAAUGAACUCACAGUUUCUAAUUCACAAGAUACGCAACAGCUGCAACAGUGGUUUGACUCUAAGUCCAGCGUUAAUAACAACGAGAUCGCCGUACCUAAAAGUGCCUCUUCAGACACGCUACACUUCAAGAACAUCAUGCAAGCGUUCCCUGAAACACAGCCCAAGAAAAUAGUGACCUCGCCAACAAGUUCGCCAAGAGCGCAGACAAGACGACAGUCAGCAGCGGCAGCAGCGGCGGCAGCGACAGCAACGGAGGAAAGCUUGCCGAAUCAGCAAAACGAAAAGUCGGUCGAGCAGUCGUCAACCAUCGUCAAAAAAUUGGACUUUGAGUCGCACGACGAGUACCCCGUUGUUGACGGCGAUAAUACACCAGCUGAACAAGUCUCACCGUCGAUGAUUGACCAAACGAAUAAAAUGCGUCGGAGGAGUAUGGCCGAAGAAAACAAUGCUAUCAACUCGGCAAAGAACAAUCAAUCGAGAUUGACAAGACGCUCGCUGCAGCAGCCACUAGAGAAAACGGGAACUCUACGAAAAUACAACAGUAACGAGCAGCUGAUGGGCAGUAAACGUGGUAGAAAACGACGCAACUCAGAAACCAGCUCAGAGGGUACCUUGGACGUUGAGCGUGAGAAACGACCUAGAAAGGACAGCACGAAUGAAGUACUCCACACCAGCGAAGAGAGUAACAAGUUUAUCGAAUGCACGCAAGAAAUAGAUGGCAAAAAGUUCUCUAAACGUCAGCUUAAUGAAAUGUCACGGCUAAAGAUCGAUAUGGUGUUCAAGCCUCUGCCAAAUCGUCGUAGUGUUGGCAAGGUAGGUGAAACUGAUAAGAAGUCUUUACUCAAAGAGGAUAAGCCAAAAGAAGAGUCCAACUCACAACCCGUCGUUAAAAGGCGUUCGAUGAAAGGUAGUGUAAUUAUCGAGAAAGGAACGACUAAUUCAGCAAAAGAUGUUGAAAAUAAGAAACCAGAAACCGCGCAGAACAAAGUUCGUGGCCUUAGAACUAUAAAUGCUGGUAAAUCUGAAUAUACUGCUGCCAAAAAAAAACAUGAAGUAGUGCCGGAUUCGCCACAGGAAAUCAACGUUGAGGAUGUUGCCACACAGGAGGAAACUGUUGAUAAUAUUAAAGAAAGUUUGAUCAAAUCCACAAUUCCCGAAAGCGAAGAGACACAAGAAAGCUUAAAGUCGUCGUCGCAGGAAAGCGAUAAGUCAUCGCAAGAUUCAGAUAUUGUGGAGAGUUCACAGGAGCCGACUGUCUCGAAAAUGGACAAGGUCGAGUGUUUCAUAAAAAUUGCUAAAGUAGAAUUAACUCAGACUACGGCAGUGAAAGACGAGGAAACAGAAAAAGAGUCGACGGUUAUUCCAGCGACACAGUGUGGUUUAGACGAUUCGUCUAUAUCAAUUAUACCGCCCACAGUCGAGAAUGAGAAGCCAGUGCUUCUACAAGAAGCAAAAAGGCUUGAAAACAAUAAUGGCAAACCAGUAGCACCAAUAACAUUGCUCUCCUCGCCAAAAAGUACACCAACUCGAGUUAUUCGGUCGAAAGCAUUCCCACUGCAAGGCCGUGCCGCUCAAAUGUUAGGUCUUGUUACGAAACAAUCAAUUGCUGAAAAACUCGCAGCAGAUGGUCUAAAAGAAUCCGCGUUGACAGACGAGGUGACUAUUGUACCUCUGCCAAAAAAAGAUAAACUUAUCGCAAAAGAACACGAACGAGUUUCAAGUCCAGGAGGUAGUAGACAAGUCAAGAUGUUUAACAACAUGAAUAAUAACAGCGUUCCUCAAAGAUGUUCAUCACCAUUGAUGAGUAAAUUUAAAAAUUUGAAUAACGAUGGGGAAAAAGUCUCGCCGAAACUUGACAAACACGAGUCUAGCGAGAAAGAAAGUUCACAGUCCAGUGGCGACGAGUCGCCGAAUAGUAAAUCUAGGAAGGAAUUGCCAUUAUUAGAGUGGUCAAAUGCUAAUCCUCCGUCGUUGACAGCUUCGCCCAGUGCCAGUAUUUUGAAAAGAAAUCAAGAGAUUGAUGUGGAAACGCCAAAUAGAAAAAAGCGAGUGAGCUUUGCUGACCCGCCAGUAUCUCGCGAAAUGGGUUAUGAGAUAAUGACAGAAACAUCCUCACCUCCACGACUGGAGAAACUUCCUUCGAUGCGCAGUCCAAGUGCUCGUAAAGAAUUUAAGCGUCAGUCAAAAUUACGCUUCGUACCAAUGGAUUCAGACACGAAAGAAAUCGAAGCGAUCUCUCAACCUCUAGUGGAUGAUGAGAUGAUACCCUCAGCGAAAAUUAAACUUGCCACCGUAUUAACAGAGAUCUCGAUCGAGGAAGUGAAAAUCAACGAGAGUACUGAUAACGUAAAAACGUCAACGCAAGAAGAUAAAAAUGACACGUCUAUCAAACUCGAUUCAAUUAAUCUGUCGAAUAUUAACAGAUCUAGUGAUAAUCGUCAAACAUCGUUGGAUGAUACCGUUGAUGUUGAGAACAUAUCGUCGAGUCUCGAAAUGACACAAGAGAAACCAAAUUCGAUACCUGCGUCGCAAGGAAGUGGAGAUGAUAGAACCCUGCCGGUUACUGACUCGUUGUUUUCUAAUUUGCCGCUUAGCCAGGAAACGCAGAACAGCGUGGCGCAUUUGAUUGAGCCGGAGAAUCUGGACUCGACGUUGCCUGUUUAUCCGUCUCUGAUUUCGUGUUCUGAUGCCGUGGAAUCUCUUAGCGCUGAUUUAGUAGAUCCAUUGUUUACAUCAAAUCUCGCAACACACUUGUCCACACGUUGCAUUCAUUCGAUCGGUGACUUGGCCCAACUAAACGAACGCGACAUCAAUCGAUUGCCAAUUAAAAGUCCAAAGGUCGAUUGCGUGAAAAAAGCUUUAUCGAGGUACGAAGAGAGAGUUAAUACAUCUUCGAGGACUCCUGAGAAGUCGACAGCCAACAUCGUCGUGCCUUCGAGUACACCACUUGGUCACAGAAGACCGAUGAGAACAAGGCCCGACAACGAUUCAUUUGAAGAUCUCAUGAAGACCAGCGACUUAAUGUCAACCAAUGUCUCGGCGCUCAAAAAACCUGUCAAGAGGCCGUCGAGUGACAGUUGCGUGCAAACAAGUCCUACGAAGAGAACGAGAAGAGACGAUGAGAUACAAUGUCUUGAGCUUAUGGAACAAUGUGACGAAGAUGUAUUAUUUGAUGCGUUUGCCAAGAGGUUCGGUGCCGACAAAAUUUGCAAGGGAUAUAGGAAUAAUAUCAGCGACAUGUUGCAAACAGAUCGUAAACGAGAAACUUUGAACGAUAUCAGCCUCAGCAUGGAAGACGACAGCGAAGCGAAUUUGAAAGCGUCUAUGAAAACAGCAGGCUUACAAAAGAUACUGCAAGAGCUACCAAACAUAUUUGAGUCUGACGAAAAAUUCAUUGACACUGUGCUAAAAACUUACAAAAAGAAGUUCAAAAUCUCACAUGUGUUAAAAAUGUUGAAACCCAGCGAGUUGAAGGAAGCCGUCCCCGAUGAAUUCAGUUCGAGCGAAUUGCUUAGCAUGUUGGUCGAGCGAUUAUCGAGGGAAGACAAACAAUUAACUGACUCGAGCGAUUUGCAAGCACUGCAAAGUAGAGUACCGACAAACGUGAUAAUCAAUCAAGUUAAAUCGAGAGCUGAUUUUCAUACGGAAGCAUUGCUGAACUUCGCUUUGGAUAAGUGCCCGGAAAAACCGUCGACUGGUGUAAGAAAAGUGCUAUUAAGGAUUCUCACGGAGAAAUACGAGUACGAAGAUCUGCUAGAUCUGACUCAAGAGGCUCAGAGACUCGGCUGGCGAAAGUCGAGCGGGAAAUGAUUUUUAAGGCGACGUAAACUGUGAAACAGAUAAACUUGUCGCAAUUCAAGUUGUAAAACAUUUCUUGGCAAAGACUGAAGGUGCCAUCAUCGUGGGUAGUUGUUCACUCGCAACUAUUAAUCAUACCUUGCGCUAUUAAUUUUUUACUUGUAAUCAUGUUGACAACACAAACCAUUCGAGUGGUUUAUGAAUAAAAUUCUUUUUUAAGGGAAAAGAUUGUAUAUACGGUUGCGGUAAAAAUUAUUAAUUUUCUGAAUCGUAAGAUUUGUUUGCACAAAAUUUGAUCAUUUAAAAAUUUUGUUUCAAAACUACCAAUUGAAUUUGACUUGAAAAAAUACAGAGGUAUACCUAUUUAUAGUAUGACAAUUGAACGUGCUUCAAUUCUGAAAACGCUGACGCUUCUAUUACAUUAAUUUUUUUUAUGUAAAUUUUUCUUGACAGAAACGUGAUUGCUGCGAUCAAUCUGGAUGAUCAAAGUAUUGAGUCGUAGCAUACUUUUAGGAAAAAAUCUUUAAGUUUUUGAUUAUAAGGUUUUAGUAUACAUUUAGACUCAUUUUGAUAACGCUGUCAUUUCUUUAGACAUCAUUGUUUAUAUUUUAUACCCCGUAUUGUAAGAUAAAACUCUUGAUAAUAAAAUAUUAAGUAUGUAUAAUAUAUUCUUUCCUCAUAUUUAUUUAUUUGCAGCUGCAAUACCUUUUAUAUACUGUAGUAUUGGCACUGAUGCACUGUAAGAUGGUGUUUGCAUGAUGCGAGGUUAGUGCGUACCGAUAAGCGAGCGAUGCCUCAGAUUGUUCUCUAAUUUGACAAGACUUGGAAGAGCAUGCUCGCAUCUUCACUCUGCAUUUGCAGUACCGAAUCUCAACUGUUGUGA